GCUGCAGGACUUUCCCAUGGCUGUGAUCGGCCUGCUGAAUAUUAGUGUGACCUCAUUGCACAGAACCAGUUUGGAGCCCAGAUGUCAGGAACAUAUCUCUAAUCCAAUAAGGGACUCUCCUAAUCACCGCAACAGAUUCCUCGCUGACUCGCCACUAACCAUGAAUCAUAUGGAGCAACACAGGCAAUGACUUCCUCAUUGUUUGAGCGAUUACUUACGUAAUGUUCUGGCUCUUUUGUUUUGCAUUAUUUUUUUCACACUACAGACUAUAAUUUAAUGACUGAAUGGUGAAGAGCAGUGUUUAAAACUGGACAAGAGCCAUCUCCCACACAUGCAGGUGUAAUAUUGCACCAAGGUAGCAAUUUUGAAAAGUCCCAGUUUGUGUGUGCACCUUCUGGACUGUUUUGGCACACCUGCCGUGAUAAAGUUUCCCCAGCGCUGGACUUUUUUCCUAUGUAAUGAAUCACAGCGGAUUAUUUAAGCUCUUAUCACUAUCAACAGAAAUAGACUCCUCCGUGUCAAAGUGAAAGCGUCUCUACAAACUUGUCUAAAUAAAAAUGUAACCGGGGCCAAGGGACCAAACUAAUACAGAGAUGUGGGUUUUGACUCUAGAUGUUCAAAUUUAUUGAACACUAGUUAUUAAGGUUUAGACAAUUUAUCCAGAACCGAUCAAUCAAGUUUUUGUUUUUUUGUUUGUUUUUUAUAUAAACAUAUUCAUCAAGGUUAAAUAAAAAAUAAAGUCAACUAACCAGAGGAUCUCACUCUUGAUGCAUUUUGUCCAGAGUGCUGCCAUCACGUCUGAGCUCGUAAUGAGACAGUGUCCAGGUGUGUCGAGGGAGAACUCGGCCAGAAACAGAACACGGUUGGACGUUUGUGCAAUCUGAAUAUAGAACCACAUUUUGCCACCAGAACAGAGUUCUUCGAUACUGGCAACCUUCUCGAAUCACUGUGCUGCUGCUGUUUUAGUGCACUGGGUGGGUGAACUGUUCAUUAUUAACAAAACAUGUGAUGCAUUAAAAUAAAAUGCCCACCAGUCUUUUGAUUUGAUUGUUGUUUUUAUUUGGUUUGAAUCCUAUUUAAACUCUCAAAUUAAAGAUUUUCAAGCUGCAGGAGUAAUUUGAACAUCAGAGCGCUUAAAAAUAACAAGUGGCUUUAUCAUUGCAGAUUACAUAACAGAUCACUCAUUUAGACACUUGCCAAUAAAUGUGGAUCACACCCAUAAUGAUACUUAAUCGCUGCAGUGCAGACGUCACUCAGUUACAACCAAAUGUAUAAUUAACUGGCUCUGCUGCAAAACAAGACUUUAAAAAGUUACAUCAGAUUGGUGUUAAAUGUUUAUUUAGACUGACUGACUUUUUAUUUUUAUUGUUUUGCCUCAAAAGGAAAGUUAACACGCCUCUGACAGUCUCAAGAAAAACUGAAUACUACAGAAACCAAAGUUGGUAUUUGUUGCAGGGCUUUGAUACUGGACCAGAGCGUUCAGGUGUCGGAUAUUACCGCAACCCGCCGUGCAGUCGGUGGCCUGUUCAAGAGGGAAUCUUUCACAACUGUUUCAAAAACGUUUAACAUGGAUACUCCUUUUGACUCCACCGAACGGGGUCCGUUUCAUGACCACCAUCGACCUCCCAACAUGUGCGUUUUUGAGCGUCUCCACACAUUCACUGUGUGCAGUACUGUUUUGGCAGUCAGUGUAAAAGUAAUUUAAUUACUGUUUGUUUGUUUUAUCCAUAAAUGAUAUGAUGUGCACGGUUAUCAAACUACCAGUUCAAUUUCAGAGACAACAAAAUGACAAAAUAUGAAGUAUUUUCUACUUAGUGUUCUGAUGCUGUCUCAUCAGCAUCAGCAAUUUAUUUUAUGUGUUUUGCAGCUACAAGCAGUUCCUUCUUUUAAUUUGUGUUGCAUUGUGGGCCAAUAUUUACAUCAACAAUACACAAGUCAGGUUUAAAAAUUAUGCAUAAACAGCUGUCUGUGAUAAAUGGAUAAAUAAAAUAAGGUUUGUUAAAAGAGAUGGUUAGGAUGAUGUGAUCUGGUGCUGGGAUUAUUUUUCUAUUUAUACUCCACAGUGGAUCUGGAAAAUAAUCUGACAGUAAUGAGGAAGCUGUUUGAAUAAUUAUGCUAGUCACCAGGUGCAAAAAGGUAUCUAUGGCAUGAAAAGAGACAACACAUAGCUCUGCUGUUUGGUAUGAGGAAAUGUAUACCGUGUGUUCAUGCAAACACACCCACCUGAAGAUGUAGUAACACGACUUCCUCGUCACAAACGUAUAAAUUGCAGCGCCUGCAGUCAGUGAAAGCAGUCUCCUCACAGGUCAGACACCAACAUGUCAUCCACAAUGUGGACCUUCAUUGUGGUUUUAGUACUUCUGACAGCUGGAUUCAGAGCACAGGACUAUGACAACGCUUUGCAAGGCAUUUUGUUUCGUGUUUGUCCAAGUAAACACGUCGUGUCUCAGAUUAAAAGCUCCCACAACGACACGGAGAACGAUCGCCAGUGGAAGAUUGAAUGCGCGGCUUUCAACGCCACCUCCGAGUGCUCCUGGUCACGUUUCUACAACUUGUAUGAGCAAGAACUGAGCUUCAACUGCCCGGCCAAUCAUGUGGUUGCUGGCGUCUAUAGUGAUUACAGAAGCGCGUUUAAAGACAGAAGAUGGAAAUUCCUCUGCUGCUCUGCUCCAAAACUGAUCACGUCUGAAUGCCGGGAAACCCCAAUGGUCAACUACUGGAAUGAAGACUUCAACUGGUACGUCCCUGGAGACAACUUCCUAACAGGUGUCCAGACCCACAACAAGAAUAACAAUGGAGAUCAUCGCUGGCGUUUCAGCUACUGCAGAGGCACAAUACAAGAUACCCAGACAGUUAGUUCACAAAUCCUUGCUGCAAACAAACCAUUAAGAAACCAGUUAACUGAAGGAGAUGUUGUUCUCCCAAGAACAAGGAAUGCAAGAAUCUGUGAUGACUGCAAAUGGCCAAAGUCAAGUCAGACGGUUCAAGUGCCGUACGCUAUAACUGGUGCCUUUACCAGCUUCGACAAAAGCACGAUUCUCGGCGCUAUCAGUGCCUUCCACUUGAGCACCUGCAUCCGGUUUGUUCCUUAUAAUAGCCAGACCAACUACAUCAGCAUUGUGAAAGAGACUGGAUGUUGGUCGUAUAUUGGACAAAUAGGAGGGUCUCAACAAUUAUCUCUCGGUGAUGGAUGCGUUCAAAAAGGCAUCAUUCUGCACGAGCUCAUUCACGCGCUCGGCUUCUUCCAUGAGCAUAGUAGAAGUGACAGGGACGGUUACGUCAAGAUCAACUAUGAAAACAUCGAGUCCGGACAAGAAGCAAACUUCCUAAAACGGGAAACGAACAACCUCGGUGUUCCGUAUGACUACUCCUCUGUUAUGCAUUAUGGACCAAAGGCCUUCUCCAAGAAUGGUGGAGAUACCAUCACUCCCCUCACGCCCUCCGUUAACAUCGGCCAGAGUGAAGGCAUGUCAGAAAAAGACAUUCUGAAGAUCAACAUGCUUUACGGCUGCAAGGAUUACAUACAUAAAAAUGGCGCUUGGGACAAUAGGUUGAACGCCGUUUUGAGUCGCCAGUGUCCUUCUGGCCAAGCUGUUUCCAGCAUCACAAGUGUCUACGAUAACGACAAAAAAGAUCGACUCUGGGGGAUUUCGUGCAUUGCUUUCAAGGUAACCAGGACAUGCCGGUGGUCAAAUUAUGUGAACGGAUACUGGGGAAAGAUGGACUUCAAAUGUGCAAUCAACGAAGUGAUUGCAGGGGCCUACAGCGAAUACAGCAACAUCAUGAAAGACAGGAGAUGGAAGUUUAACUGCUGUAGUGCCUCUGGUUUUGCCACGUUCAACUGCAAAAACACACCAGUGAUCAACUACUGGCAGGAAUACUUCAGCUGGACAGUCCCCAGCAGCAACUUCCUAACAGGAGUGAAAAGCUCCUUUGAUAGUCAAACACGCGAUCGUCGAUGGAGUUUCUCAUACUGCCAGUGACGCUACCAUGAAUGAGAAGAUGGCUGACAAGAUUUUCUGACGUGUCGCAGUAAUGCGCCGUCUCGCCUGUCUAAAGGUAUAUUUGUGUGGUGCUUCUGCUGGGUGCACCAACUAAGGCUCAUUAGCAUUUGUGUGUACCAGAUGCAUGAAAUCAUAGUAAGCAUGAAGGGUAUUGUUUAUAUUGUUUUAAUCCAUUUUUAAGAGCUAGUUGGACUAUAUAGGGGGGGAAAUCAAUUUAUAGAUUGUUGUCCAUGUCCGAGUUGUAGUAUUAAAUGUAAGAGACUCCCUGCACUUUAUUAUAGUAGCAACUUUGUAACCAUGACUCUUGGGGAAAUAAUGGCCUGCAUUUAUCAAGAUCAGAAGUGCUGAUGUAAGAUCAUUAAGAAAAAGCCCCUAGCCAUCUUCUUUCAUAAUGACCUGAACAGAGAAACUGAUCUCAGAGCUGCACUCCUGCUGCACAAAACAAACCCUCCGUGUGGUUACAGUGUGUCGAUGCAAAGGCUCUGUGGUUUCUUGGGAGUUGUCCCCCGUUCUCAGUAGUGUCUAAGGCUGGUGGGGCUGUGUAUGUUUAGCGUAGCUGGCAGGGUAGUUGUGUUUGUAUGUCUUAUGCAGUGUCACUCUCCUGGUGUUUUUAUUAGGUUUGUAACAAUAAAGAUUUGCAUAAUGUUUUGCAAUGAAUUGCUGAUCCAGAUUAGACCAUUAGGUCAUCCUGUCAGGUGAAACAUGCUUUUUAAGAUGAAAGAUUUUACAUGUGAACCUGACUUUACUUGAAUACUUUGUUUCCAAAGUGUGUAUGUAUAUAUGUGUAAAUGUAAAACAUUCAUUUGUGGAUUUAUAUACUGAUUACUGUAUUACAAUUUAAUGGAGUAGGAUAACGCACUGCAUUUACUGAGCUGUGUUUUACUGUACUUGGAAAUAAAGUCAACAUGAAUUCUAA